UAUAUUUAUCUUAUAUUUGCCGCGACUGCUGUCACAGAGUUAGCCAGAACUACUUCCUUAGAUACCGUCAAAUCGUAUGGAGAAGUGCCAACUCAUCACCUGCUUGGAUCCAUCAACGGUCAUGAUCGCCCUUACGAAAUUUAAAACUCAACUGUGUUUCCUUAAUCCCACCCAAACAUAUAUUCCCUUUCAAUUCCUGUCCUUCCUGGCUCGGCCCUGUCCUUCCUAAUCCUAAUUAUUCUUUUUCAUUAUCAUUUUCGAAUUUUCUUCAACAUGUCUCCAAUUUGGAACUGAUGUUACGAAGAAAAAUCUAUUUUUGAGAGCUUGAAUUCCUUGAUUUUGUAACUUGAAUUUCAAAGAGUUUUUGUCUCUGAAUCUGUGAAUUGCUAUUGGUGUCUGAAGUAGCAACUCUUUUUCUGAGCGGAAACAUUUCUGUAUCUCUGCUCAUUACUGCUGUUUUGAUUGUAUUUGGCGAAUUCAAUGGCGGCGUUUGACAUCGGGGCGCUGCUGGAAAAGAUGAAGAUGCUAUGGACCUCAGAUCACGCGUCCGUGGUGUCAAUAAACUUAUUUAUUGCACUUAUCUGCGCGUGUAUCGUGAUUGGUCAUCUAUUGGAGGAGAACCGCUGGAUGAAUGAGUCGAUAACUGCUCUUUUGAUUGGCUUGUGCACGGGAGCUUUGAUUCUACUAAUAAGUGGAGGGAAGAGUUCGCAUGUUUUCAUGUUCAGCGCAGAUCUUUUCUUUAUUUAUCUUCUUCCACCAAUCAUUUUUAAUGCCGGGUUCCAGGUGAAAAAGAAGCAAUUCUUCCGCAAUUUCAUGACUAUCAUACUUUUUGGGGCACUAGGUACCCUGAUAUCUUUUGUUAUCAUAUCAUUAGGUGCUAUUGGAAUUUUCAGGAAAAUUAAUAUUGGGAAACUUGAAAUUGGAGAUUACCUUGCAAUUGGAGCAAUCUUCUCUGCAACAGAUUCUGUUUGCACCUUACAAGUGCUUAAUCAGGAUGAAACGCCGUUAUUGUACAGUUUAGUCUUUGGGGAAGGUGUUUUAAAUGAUGCUACAUCUGUAGUUUUAUUCAAUGCUGUCCAGAACUUUGACUUGUCUCAUAUCAACACUAGCAUUGCCCUGCAAUUACUUGGAAACUUUCUAUACUUAUUUAUCUCAAGCACCUUCCUGGGGUUUGUUGCAGGUCUAUUGAGUGCCUAUAUUAUUAAGAAGCUCUGCUUUGGAAGGCACUCCACAGAUCGUGAAGUUUCUAUAAUGAUACUCAUGGCGUACCUAUCUUACAUGCUUGCUGAAUUGUUCAGUUUAAGUGCAAUUCUCACAGUGUUCUUUUGCGGGAUUGUGAUGUCCCACUACACCUGGUAUAACGUGACUGAGAACUCAAGAUGCACCACCAAGCACACCUUUGCUACGCUAUCGUUUAUUGCUGAAAUUUUCAUAUUCCUCUAUGUUGGUAUGGAUGCUUUGGACAUUGAAAAGUGGAGAUUUGUUAGCGACAGCCCUGGAAUAUCAGUUGAGGUUAGCUCAAUACUAUUGGGACUUGUCUUGGUUGGAAGGGCAGCCUUUGUUUUCCCCUUAUCAUUUCUGUCCAACUUGACCAAGAAGUCUCCACAUGAGAAGACUGACUUCAAGCAGCAGGUCACAAUAUGGUGGGCUGGCCUUAUGCGAGGUGCCGUUUCUAUGGCCCUUGCUUAUAAUCAGUUUACUAAAGAAGGUCAUACUCAGUUGCGUGGCAAUGCAAUAAUGAUCACAAGUACUAUCACAGUUGUCCUAUUCAGCACAGUGGUAUUUGGUUUGAUGACAAAACCACUGAUUAGGCUAUUGCUACCCUCACCAGGGACUCCAAAAUCUUUCAUUAAUGUGCCGCUUUUAGGCAAUGGACAAGACUCGGAAGCUGAUUUGGGAGCCCACAAUUUUCCCCGUCCCAACAGUUUGCGGAUGUUCCUAAGUACCCCUUCUUACACAGUGCACUAUUACUGGAGAAAAUUCGACAAUGCAUUCAUGCGUCCUGUUUUCGGGGGACGAGGUUUUGUACCUUAUGUUCCUGGAUCACCCACCGAAGGAAGUGAACCAACAAUGGCAUUGAUGGAAAGCUAGAAAGUCCAUUCAUCCUUGUGAGGACAAGAAACAAUUUUUGGUUUGAACUCCUUCCGUUUCGGUUAAUUAGCUUUGGAUGUUUCUCUUUGGUUAAAACUUUGAGAGCAUCCAAGCAUCCAACCUUAAAUUUUAAGGCAAUGGGUGAAGGGAUCUAGGACAUUAUAAACUUUUUUGAAAAUCAUUAUAUAACCGAUGAGA